AUACUGAAUCUUGUGUGAAUUUAAAGACAUCUGACUUCACUUUGGCUUACUUUAGGAAAUUGUCAGCUUCAGAUCUCACACUGAACAUGAAUUUAAUUCUAAAUCCUUUGCAUUGAAUCAUCCUCAACUUCCACCAGUUUCCUGACAUUUUUUUACUCUCAUAGUCAUUUUGCUGCUGCACUUUUCUCUUUUCAUUGUACAACCAGCAGCCAUAAAAGGGAAGUCACUUUAUUACAAAGCUCUUUCUUGCAUCUAAUUGCACACUUUGUCUAACUUUUAUGAGAUGCUCAGGUGAAAUCGCAGCCACCCUUUUCCUUUUAUGAUUGUUUCAUCCCCUCAUUUCAUCUUUAUCGAAUCUGUGUGAUUGAUUUGAUAGAGAGAGUGAUUCAACAAUGGAGAAGUAUUCAUGGAUUCCACUCUGUUUCUUGAUCCUCGCCACAUUCCCUUUUUCGAAUGCUCAAUUAGUCCCAACAGAGAGCAGAAUCCUGUUCCAAAUCCAGCAGCUUCUAGAAUACCCACAAUCUCUACAGACAUGGAACAACUGGACCAACUUCUGCUUCCUCCCUCCCACCCCCGCCCUCACAAUCGUGUGUUCCGACAAUCACAUCACAGAGCUCACCAUUGUCGGAAACAGAACCUCCCCUUCCCACAUUCCCAACCUAUCCCCUUCAAACACUGCCGCCGCCUCUCACCACACUCUCUCCCCCAGAUUCUCCACCGAUUCAUUCUUCACCGUCUUGACGAAGCUCUCAAACCUCAAGAAACUCUCUCUAGUCUCCCUAGGCCUGUGGGGCCCGCUUCCCCCCAAAGUCAACCGUUUCCGGUCACUUGAAGUCCUCAACAUCAGCUCCAACUUCAUCACCGGCGAACUGCCAGCCUCUGUUUCUACUUAUCCGAUGUUGAAAAGCCUAGUCUUGAGUGAUAAUCUGAUCAAUGGGAGUGUUCCUGAUCUAACUAGCUUAUCCUCUCUUGAAGAGCUUGAUUUGAGAAACAACUAUUUUGGGCCUAAGUUUCCAUCACUAGGGAUCAAUCUUGCAUUCAUCAAUCUUGCUAACAACUCUCUGAGAUCUGAGAUCCCUCAGGAUUUGAAGAAGUUGAGCAAGCUUGAAUAUCUCGAUGCUUCAUAUAAUAAGCUCGUUGGCCCGAUUCCUUCGUUUGUGUUUUCGUUGCCAUUGAUUGAGCACAUUGGCCUUACCAAGAAUCAGUUGAGUGGGGCAUUCCCACCCAAUGCUUCUUGCAGCGGUAAUCUUAGUUUUGUCGACGUUUCAAGUAAUCUUUUGAUUGGGAGGUUGCCUUCUUGUCUUGGUUCAAACGUCCGGAACAGAACGGUUGUAAUAAUGUGGAACUGUUUGUCGAAUACGACGUCCAAGUAUCAGAGGCCGACUGCUUUCUGUCGGAAAGAUGCACUUGCAGUUAUGCCUACUGUGAAGAGUAAAGGAGAGGAAGAAUCUACCUUGAAAUUAGGCAUUGUGCUUGGAGUGAUUGGUGCAAUUGUGGCGAUAUUGGGUGUUUUGGGGCUGUUGAUUAUUGUUAUUUACAGAAGGCUGCAGAGGAAAGGGCUUAAUGAAUUCAGAAGUGAGAGUUUUGUGAUGGAGAAAGGCUCUCCUUUGGGAAGGCAUGUUCCGCAGCCGAUGAGGAUGGCGUCGAUAGGGCUGCCCUCGUACCACGUGUUCACACUCGAGGAUAUGGAGGAGGCGACCAACGACUUUGAUCCAUCCAAUCUUGUGGGAGAAGGACAGGUAUGUGUAUAUAUUGCUCUGUUUCUCUCUGUUUUUGUGUUGCAUAAUACUAUGAAUGUUGGAAAUGUGGAUGAUCAGCUAUACAAAGGAAGGCUGAGAGAUGGGUCUGUGGUGCUUGUGAAAUGCCUUAAGCUGAAACAGAAGCAUUCUCCUCAAGCUCUGCAGCACCACAUGGAGGUGAUAUCCAAACUGAGGCACCGGCAUUUGGUGAGCGUGCUAGGCCACUGCAUCGUCCCUUACCACGACCAUCCCAGCUCGGCCACCACUGUCUUCAUCGUGCUUGAAAACAUGUCCAAUGCUUCACUACGAGACCAUCUCAUCGAUUGGAGAAAGAGAGAAGCGCUGAAAUGGCCACAGAGAAUGGGCAUCACGAUGGGCGUAGCGAGAGGUAUACAAUACUUGCACACGGGAGGGAUUGUUGGGAACGACAUCAAAAUCGACACCAUUCUGUUAGACGAGAGCCUCACUGCAAGAAUCAGUAGCUACAACAUAACCAUGCCAUCUAAGGUGGGCGUGGAAAGCCCUCUGCGCGGAUCAGACGAGUCGAACACAGAAAGCAGCAGCCAAAAUCCAGAAAAGGAAGAUAUAUAUAGGCUGGGAGCUAUUCUUGUUGCAGUCAUCACCGGUAGGCCUAUAGACUCUCAGAGUGAACUACAAGACCUUAAAUUUCAGUUGGAGAGGAGCUUGGCAGAGUCACCAUCGAAGCUGCGAGACCUGAUUGAUCCGUCGAUGAGGGGAACCUUUGCGUAUGAAUCAUUGAAAACAGUGGUGCAGAUCACCGUAAACUGCUUGAGCAAAGACGCGAUGGGGCGGCCGACGGUGGAGGAUGUGCUGUGGCAUAUGCAGUAUUCUGUGCAGGUUCAAGAAGGAUGGACUAACAGUGGCAACCUUAGUGGCAAUCUUAGUGGAAACCUUACUAACAGAAUCUGAUUUAUGCCAAUCAUUGCUUUGAUGCUUGUCUUAAUCAUAUUUCAACUAGCAAAUUUGAUGAUCAAAUUUUGUAAAAAUUUCUCUGUUUUUCCCAUCAUGAGUUCAUGAUUAAACUUAUAAUGCAAAAUUGAGGGGUAAAUUGUCACCUCUCUAUGUAUACUGCACAAUUAGCUUGCUGAGACUAUACUAAUUCACAACUUCUGUAA